AUGCAAAGCGCUAACGAUUCUACUACUGUCGGUGCUGAUACCCACUCCACUGAUUCUUUUGAUCCAGUUACUUACAAGCAAAAAAUGAACACCAUCUCAGAAGAGCCAUCAGUCAAGCCAGAUAUGGUUUUGAAAAACUUUGCAAAGACUUAUGAAAUCCCCAAGGCAGGCGGUUAUCAAAGCUUUAUUUCCGGUUUAGGUUCAUGUUUUGGUCAAUGCGGUAUGUUUUGCUUUUUAUGUGAAAACCCAUACAAGGAAGUUGAUCAAGGUGAGGUUGGUUUAGUGCAAACUUUUGGUAGAUUAUCGAGAACGGUUGAGCCGGGAUUAAGCUAUGUCAAUACAUGGAGUGAGAGAUUGACAAGAGUCUCAAUCAAGAUCAACAUUCGUGAAAUCCCUGCCCAAAAAUGUUUGACAAGAGAUAACGUGUCUGUUGUUAUUACUUCUGUGGUGUACUACAACAUCAUCGACCCAAUGAAGGCUAUAUUCUCAAUUCAAAACAUCGACAAUGCUAUUAUUGAGAGGACACAAACCACUAUGAGAGACGUUAUUGGUGGUAGAAUUUUGCAGGAUGUUGUUGAAAAGAGAGAAGAAAUUGCUGAAUCGAUUGAGCAAAUUAUUGCCAAGACUGCUUUCGACUGGGGUGUCAAUAUUGAAUCGAUUUUAAUCAAGGACUUGACCUUGCCUGACAAGGUUCAAGCUUCGUUAUCUAUGGCAGCUGAAGCCAAGAGAAUUGGUGAAGGUAAAAUUAUCAAUGCCAAGGCUGAAGUUGAAAGUGCCAAAUUGAUGAGAAAGGCUGCUGAUAUCUUGGCUUCUAAACCGGCCAUGCAAAUCAGAUACUUGGAUGCUUUACAAAACAUGGCCAAAUCUCCUGGUACAAGAGUCAUUUUCAUGCCAUCGGCACAAGAAGUUGAAAAAAUGGCCGGAUCGAAUAUUGGUGAUGUCUACACUGACAAGGGUAAAGGAAAGCUUCAAGAUUUAGAGGAGGAUACUGAUUGGGCUGGAUCCGAACAUGAAAGAGUUGCUUCGCCUCAACGAAACAUUCCAGUGGGAAUAAACAACAACAGACACAUUGCCGACACUGUUGCAUUACAAGAAGCUAUGCACCAUUAG